AUGGCUGCCGGUGCUUCCAAUAGAUUUAACCCAGGAGGCUUUAGGGGUGUAAGGAAACCUCCAACCGCUGAAGAGUGGGAGAAAUUUUCCGAUUUUGAAAAGGAUCAGAAACGAGGGGAGGAAUGGAUGAACCGUGUUUAUGGAUGGGAUAUCAAUGCGGACGCCGAUACAUUGCCCAAGUCUAGAUGGAUCCCGGACAAGGUUUUAGGGAAGGGUAUUGUGGUCUUCAAGAAGGGGAUUAUCGAAAGGUCAGGUAAUGUACAUCAAGAGAGAAUUGUUGUAAAACAAGCAUCUAGUCCUGAAGCAAAAGCAAGGCUACAAAAUGGUGCGUCCAUUCUCGAUCACGUACGAGGAGGUACUGGCUACGAUGACGGUCAUAUAAUCCGACCAACUAGAGCAUAUGAAGAAGACUUGGGUACUGGCGCGGAUGAUACCUUCGAUCCCGCGUAUGUUCACGAGUUUGCCCCGGAAACAGUAGGAAGGACAUACACAACCUACUAUGAACAAGGAAAUCUCAAUCAGUGGCUAGAGAACAAUUUUGGCGAACAAUAUCUUUCAGAGAAUGAUCUUUGGAGCGUUAUGGGUUGUAUGGCGAAGAUCUGUAUGAAACUAGAGCAUGGUGAUUCGUCAAGAGCAAGUUACGAAACCCGAGAACAAUACAAGGCAGUGGUUCAUCUCGAUAUAAGACCAGAAAGCAUAUUUUGUACAAUGGACAAUGCCAAAACGGAGCACAGUAACGGCACACGAUUUCUACUUGGGAAAUUUGAAAAGGCAGCAGUAGUCCCCAGCGAUCCUAUGGACAAAUUAUGGAUGUUUCGUGUCCGAGGACGUGCUGAUCCAAAGUGGGCAACUCCGGAGCAAAAAUAUCCCGGCAUGGAGAGACGUAGCAUUGGUACACCUUGUAAUAUUUUUGGAAUAGGUGCGCUGCUAUAUUACAUGAUAACAGGAAGAGAACUCGGAAACAGUGCUUGGAAUAUCGGCAUCUCAGACUCGCCCACUGAUCAAGGACUGAAGCUUUAUUUUGGUGCAGACCUGCUGACAGAGCCUAUCGCAACACAACAGGAGUAUUCGAAAACGCUGGUUCGAACGAUUCUACAAUGCCUCUCAUAUCAUCCCAAGGAUCGAAUUGAUGCAAAAGAACUCCUAGCAUUGAGUGAAAGGGCAUUAAACCUCGUUGACAGACAACGUAUGCCAGGAGAAGUGCGAUAUAACCCCGGCGAUCCCGCCGUAAUUCUUGAACCACAGGAAGAAUUGCAACCUAAUGAUUACACUCCCUCAGACCUGAGCCUCAAGGUAUACAUGCCACCCGCAGAUCAGCCUGAGACUUUACGAGCCAGAGCAGAUAAAUGGCUUAAACGUUUCUUCCUAUUUCCCGACAGCACGAGGAGUCAACAAGCGAGAGAGAAACAACAAUUAGAAUAUGAGAGACAAGUCGAGAUACAGAGACAAGCAGAGGCCGCAGAAGUGGCCAGAAAGCAGGUACUGGCUGAUAUUGAGACUGCCGAAGCAGAGGAAAUUCGUCUUCAAAUUGAAGAGGAAGAAGAAGAAGACCGUAGAAUAGCCAAACAACGUGCAGAUAAGAGAGCUAAAAUGGCUGCGGAAAUAGCACGAAAGAGGGCAGCCGCUGGUGGUGAAUUGGAGAAACAGACACUACUACCUCAACCUGCUCGUAAACGUGGUCGAUCUCUUGAGAUUGAUGAAGAGAGAAGCCGUAAAAGAGCCCGUCCUGCAUCUCCUGUCAGAGCCAAUACCCCAGACACAGCUGCGGCCCAAGAAGUUGGUGUUCAGCCAGUGGAUGUUGAUAGCAACAAAGACAGGAACAUUCCACCACCGGGAGAUGCGGACAAACCUUCUGGAGCUUCAAAGCCUCCAGUGGGAGCUCAGCCUUACAAAUUUGUUUUGGAUCCAAACAUAGAUAUUGAACAGGACCUGCGAAUACGUGGUGAUCCUUCUUUUCAAGUUGAAUAUGCUGGUGUAAACACCACCGUAGAUAAACUUGACGAUAACUCCGCUUUUUGGAAAGAUCGGGCUUGGUGGAAGGGUACUCUUUUUGAGAAAGAGAAUCUUCCGCCAGAGGGUAAAGCCUUCUAUGAUUUUAUCCGUAUUACACAUGGGUUGAUACCACAAGCAUAUUCAGGAGCAGCUGGAGGAUUCGCAUUGCGCAAGUUGAGGGAGAACGAGAAUCAAGAGCGAGUUGAGAAAGAGAGAGAAGAAAGGAGAAAGGAGGAGGAGAAACAAGAGAGGCAAAGAAAAGAGAGACAAGAGGCCAGAGCCAAAGAGGAAGAGGAAAUGAGUCAGAGUCAAGCCCGUUGGGACAAAAUAAUGAAGCGCAAGGAUCCAGAGGAGCCAGAUAAUCAAAGAAAAGAACAUAAUAGGCAGGAAUCGCGUCGCACUCGUAAAUCUCGGAAUCCCUUGAAAGGAUUGAGCAUCGAUUCGCCGGAAUAUUGGAGAAUCUACAAUAAAAUGAGUCCUGGAGGGUCUGUUUCUGAUGAUUCCGAUGACUCUGUGCAAGAGGUACCCCCUCCACCAGCAAAAAACGUUCGCUUUCGCACUCCCCCUCGAGAUUAUCGUCUCAUGAUCCCAUCACCAGAACCAAGAUCACCCAAAUCACCCAAAUCACCCAAAGCACCAAAAGCACCAAAAACACCAAAAGAUGAACCUGCUGCAUGGUUCUGCCCAUACUGCAAUGAAAAGGCUAGUGGUUAUCUGAAAAAAGGGUCAUGUGCAAGCCAUAUAACAAGCAAACACAAAACGAAAACAGGAGGACCCAAAACCACCCCAUUUGUUCCUAAAGUUCGUCGUAAUCGAAAAGUUGUUUUCCCAGCAGGGUUUCUUAAUGACACGGUUUGA